AUGACGCUUACAGGUUUGCCCAUCGAGCUCUUGCAUCACGUGGCGUGGUACUGUGCGCCGCACGAUGUUCUUGCGUUGACCGAGACCUGUCGACUGCUUCGGGACACCUACGACGAUAUUUUGUUCCGGCAGAUGUUCGAAUACAAUUUACCCCGAAUCUCAUCACGAUCAAUUGCGAGCGAGAAAGCUUUGGUGACCUUCAUCACCGAUCAAUUGAGUAGGAUUGCUCAGCGGCCUCUGCAGGACCAGGCUCAUUAUCAUAGAGCAUGGUGGAAGCAUCUUGCCGUGGCCGUGUACCACUUGAGCUUCCUCAGGGACGGAAUACGCAAACAAGCCAGCCAGGUUUCAACAGUGACCUCGGCGAUGAGUGCAGAUGGCCUUACCGGGAUCGCCGAACUUUCAGAGAAAAUUGAAUCUCUGAAAAGAACUAUUGGACUUCUGGCUACGUCAGUGGUCUGGGGAUGUCUAUCGCUUUGCGAUGAGGAGGUCAUGCGUGGCUUUGAUGAGCUCUGCGCCUGUACAUACUCUAACAAACCGGAGGUUGAAACGGCCGAGCAGCUAUUGAGCUCUUCACUUGGUUUGGAAACCGCAUUCUGCUCAGCCAUUUGUGCCAUACAAAAUUCUAGGGCAUAUCUGCCCCAGCCCGAUCCCGAGGGCGAUCUCGAUCAACAUGUUGAUCUAAGUGGACUUGAUGAUUAUCGUGAACAAGAAGGGGUUCGCAUUGAUUACGCUGGUAAUGCUAUGAGGCGCUACUUGGAUACGUCAUGGGACGACUAUACCUACGGGAAUAUUCUUCCGAGCAUGGCACUGCUCUUGUGCGCUGUGGCUGCACGCGUCUGUCGGCGAGGGGAUCCAAAGGAAGAGGAUGCACCGCCGCUCCCGAAGAAUAUCGCAUUCUUUUCCCAGGCGAGGAGACAGCCAUCGCCCGACGAUACGGCUCCUAUUGUGGUAACUAGCGGCCUAGUGGAGAGUAUCCCCUUGCCCACAGUCACCAGGGUAUUAAGGGACAAGGAAGGCCCUUCUUACUCGCUACCAGCAACCUGUUUGUGGGAGCUGUGGUACAAGGCACGAACUAGAGCUCUCAUCGACGAUAUUGAGUCAAGCGUAUGGGAAGGGACGUAUACAUACGGGCUAAGUGGCCGUCUUCGUAAUGGCCGGUAUCGUAAUGACCCGCUGAUGAGACACAUUCGGUUCCAUAAAUCGUGUGAACAAGACCAUCGAAUCAAAAUAAUGGCAUUGGCAUGCAAAGAUGGGGUUGGAGAAUUUGCGUUGGAAGGGUCCGUGGAUCUGGAGACCUUUGGGAUCAUGAUCCAGAAGAGAUAUACUGGCCGCCAUGGCUUCCAAUGGAGAGGCGCAGUAACCCCACUGGGAAUCUCAGGGUGUUAUUUAUCAAACUGGAACGAGGAUGUUCCGUUGGGAGCAUUUUGGCUGUGGAGACGUGAUUGGAAAACUGGCAUUUGA